UGCUUUGGCCCGUGGGCGGCAAUCUGUCACACGCCGCAGAAGAAUAAAGUCUGUGCAUUCUGCAUCAUGGGACCUCCAGGCAACUAUUUUCUUCUUGUGAUCGUUACACUGAGUCGCUUUCAUUUCAGGAGCUGUAAAUAUUAACAGCCUGACAGCUUGGGUUAUUUCCGGAGAUCGGCGCAUUCCUCUAUAAAUACCAGGCAAAGUCGGCAAGAGCUAGAAACCUACAUCCAGCAUCAGAAGAGUUUCGUUUUGAGGAAGCCUGCGACAGAGCUGAUGGCGUUACUGUGGAAGUGUCAUUGCCUGGUGGCGGUGUUGUGUGCCUCCUUCGUGGGGGUCGGGGCAGACUGUGACCAAGAGUGCGCUUACUGUGCCUACCAUCUGGCCGGCCAUUCCACGGAGUUCAACUCGCUGAGUUGCACAUUAGAGUGUGAAGGUAAGAUGCCAUCAGGAAAGGCAUGGGGGAUGUGCAAGGAGCUGGAGGAAGUUAAUAAACCCCAUGAGGACAGUCAAAGUGCUCCUGAAAACGGCAAGGAAAAGGAAGAGCAACGCCAGCUUCUGAGCAAGAGAUAUGGUGGCUUCAUGAAGCGCUACGGGGGUUUCAUGAAAAAAGGAGACACUAGUAACACAUACAUUUCCGAAGCUGAUGAUGAAAAUAAGGGGAGGGAGAUACUGAAUAAAAGAUAUGGAGGCUUCAUGAAGAAGGAUGUUGAGAGUGCUUCUUCAGUAGAUUCUGCUGACGUUCUCAGAGAGUUACUGAACUUAAGCGAGCUCGAUGAUCUGAAGCAUUACUUGGACCAGAGCGACUCUGAUAGCCGUGGUGAGAUCAUGAAGCGGUAUGGGGGAUUCAUGAAUGGAUUCAAACGAAACCAAGAACUAGAAGAUUUGCCAGAAUUGCAAAAGAGAUAUGGAGGCUUCAUGAGAAGAUUUGGGAAACCAGAUUACCAGAAAAGGUAUGGUGGAUUUAUGAAACGUUGGAAUGAUGCUCUCGUUCCUUCCGAUGAAGAUGGCGAAAUAUAUUCCAAAGAAGUCCCUGAACUUGAAAAGAGAUAUGGAGGAUUUAUGAGAAAUUAGAAGCUCAAUCAGAAAGACUGUCCCUGUUCUCAGAUUUAAGUGUACUGUGUUGCUUAGAAUGUACAGGUGUUUUUUUUUACUUAGUUUACCAAAAACAGGAGACCUGCAACUUACAUGUUAUGUGCAGAUCUGUGUUGCCUUUGGUCAAGAUGAGGUUGUCAAAUAUAAUUGUAUGCCUUCUUUGUGCACUUUCUUCUCUAACUGUAAUUUGUUAAAUGUUGUCUAAUUUUCAUUAAAUGCAAAACAAAGAAAAA